GCUGUAUUGAAAGUGACCCUUGUUUCUUCUUCUUCCUUAUCUACCUUACCUUCGUCUUCUUCUGUACUCUCUCUCUUUCUUUCUUUCUCUUCUUGUUGUUGUUUUUUUUUUGAGAAAGAAAAAAAAAAGAUGGGAAAUUGUCAAGCCAUAGAUGCUGCAGCACUAGUGAUACAACACCCAUGUGGGAAAAUAGAGAGGCUUUAUUGGACUAUAAGUGCAAGUGAAGUUAUGAGAUUGAACCCUGGUCAUUAUGUGUCUUUGAUUAUACCAUUACCAAUUUCAGAUCAACACCAAGAUAAAGAAAAUCAUCAACAACAACAAACAGAAGAGAUCAAAACGGUGCGUUUUACUCGUGUUAAGUUACUUCGUCCAACAGAGACUCUUGCUCUUGGUCAUGCUUAUCGACUAGUCACUACUCAAGAGGUUAUGAAAGUUUUGAGAGCUAAGAAGUAUGCAAAAGCAAAGAAACAAGUUCAUGAAAAGUCAGAAUCUUCUGUUACUGCAGAGAAUAAUAAUAAUGAGAUGAGUUUGAGUUCUUCUAAUAAGGCCAUGAAAACAGAGAGAAGUAAACAGAGAUUGUCAUCAUCAUCAUCAUCAUCAUCAUCAUCAAAUGCAAGUGCAAUGAGAUCAAAAUCAUGGCGUCCAUCGUUACAGAGUAUUUAUGAAGCUACAAAUUAAAACUAUUAGUUAAGUUUAGUUAGCUUCAAGAACUCUUCCAUGGCCAGAGAUCUAUUACUAUUCAUCAUCAUCAUCAUCAUCAUCAAUCAUGGAAAUGAAAAUAGAAAUUUAAUAAAUUUCUAGUUUAAACAGAUCAGUAUAGGCCUUUUUCUCAAACCCCACCAUGUUCAAAGUAAAUUAAUAUAUAUAUAAUAUUAAUAAUAAUCUGUAUAGCUACAAAAUUGCUAUGAUUUAAUGCAGUAAAUUUUGUGAUUA